UUUUAUUAUCGUCAAGACCAGUAUGCAGGGGAUCUAGUUUCAGUCAUUUCCUUUUACGCUUGAUACUUUAGGAGGUUAGGCCGGAGCAAGGAGUUUGGGGUAACCAGGCAAGAGGGCAAGUGAUUGCGCUCGGCUACUGUGCGUGAAGUGACAGCCGGGAAGUGCAUCUCUACUCUCAACUGCAUCCUCCCAUUUGCUCCCAAACCUAGAUAAUUCAACCCAACAGACAGGGUGAAAACGUAGACCAGGAUUUUUACUGGAGGAAACUGAAAUUACGAAAAUGAACGAGACAGAACACAUCCCGCUUGCAGAAUACGAUUUUGAGAGAAAAUUUGAUGAAAAGGGCGCUCUCGAAUGGAUGCAAGAAAACUGGAGCAAGUCCUUUAUGUUCUGUGGACUGUAUGCUGCAAUCAUCUUCGGGGUCCAACACUUCAUGAGAGAGAGGCCCAAGCUGAACCUGCGCCGACCACUUGUCCUCUGGUCACUCAGUUUGGCUAUCUUCAGUAUCAUCGGAGCUGUCAGGACCGGAUGUUACAUGUUCCAUGUCCUCAACAAAAGUGGCUUUAAGCAGUCGGUGUGUGACACCAGCUUCUACAGCGCUCCUGUCAGCAAGUUCUGGGCCUACGCCUUUGUCCUGAGCAAGGCCCCUGAGCUGGGCGACACAGUGUUUAUCGUGCUCCGUAAGCAGCGCCUCAUCUUCCUGCACUGGUACCAUCACAUUACCGUGCUGGUCUACUCCUGGUACUCCUACAAGGACCAGGUGGCCGGUGGUGGCUGGUUCAUGACCAUGAACUACCUGGUCCACUCCUUCAUGUACACCUACUAUGCUGCCCGGGCGGCGGGUUACCGGGUGCCCCGACCCUGCGCCAUGGUCAUCACGGCCACCCAGAUCAUGCAGAUGGUGAUGGGGCUUGCUGUCUUAGGCUUGGUCUACCACUGGAUGCACGAAGUGCGCUGCCCGUCUUACGUGCCCAACAUCGCCUGGGGCUCACUCAUGUACCUCAGCUACCUGCUCCUGUUCGCCUCCUUUUUCUACAAGUCCUACCUCAAGGUUGCCGCUGACAAGGAGUCCAAGGCCAAGUAGGGGCUAGAUUCGUCAGAGGCAAGUUGUAUACUGGGCAAGUCAUAUUUAAGAGUGUGCCUAGUUGAGAAGAAUAUUGCGUUGUGCCAUAAUGUGUGAGUCACAACUGGUUUUUGCUGGUUGCUGGGUCCACGUCAAUUGUGGCAAGCCAAUUUCUUCCCACCCCAACUUUGUAUUGCUGUAGUUCUAAUAACUCACUAGAACCCUGGAUAACACGAUAAUGAAACGGUUGUUGAGAGUGGACAGGGGAACCAGUGCAUGAUCAGUACACAUUAAUAUAAUAUCCCAUUAAAUUUAAAAAAGGCGAUAGAGAGUGCAGCUCAGUUUGAAUAAAAGUACUACUCACUGCAUUUUGAUUUUAUGGCAUUGUUAAUCAAUCUUUUUAACCAGCUGCUUCAGUCAGAAUCUAGUGAAAAACACAGCCAUAUGAGUCCUGAGGUUUCUCCAAGGGCAGUUUACAACCGCGUUUGCAGUCUGCACGUUCAAUGAAUUCGACAGUCACUUACAGGACAUUAUUCAUGCCGAAAGACUCUAACUUGUAGUGAAAUAUGGUGCUUUUUAGACCAGCACUGAGAAUUGUCUCACUGUAUUAGACCUCACAACCCUAUAGUAUAACGAAGUGACGAUCAAAAGGAACCAAUGCACUGAUUAAUGAGGAUAGUUUUUUUUCUGUUUUAGUUGUAGGUAAUGGGCUGGGAAUAGGUGGGAGGAGAGAAGCGCAUGGAAAGGAGUGACACUUGGAACAAUGUGUCCAUUGUAAAUAAUAUAUCUUAAGAAUGUAUUUAUUUUCUUAAAAUCUAAAGUCUAUGGUGGUCCUUGGAGUGUACCAGGAAAUAGUGGGACUCAGUACGUUUCUGCCUGUCUUAAAUUGUGCAGUAUGAGUUGUGCACUUUUGUAUUCGAAAUGUUUUUCUUUACGUCACAACAAUGCACUAUAUUGUUUUAAGUAUUACAUCUCUGUGUGUUCAUUAAAGAAUCGGAAGUCCCCUGAGAUUAUUUUUAUUUGCCAAACAGCAGCUGAUCGAACAUCAUGUCUCCAGAAUAAGACCCUCAAUAUUUAUUGGAAAGGAGCAACAAGCUCAUCACCGUGCAUUUUUACCACCCUGUGAAGUUCAUCAUAACUUCCCACUGGGCACAGACCUCAAUUCAAUAUCUGAUCCAUGGUGGGUUAUUUAAUUUGUAGCCUAAUAAACUGAAUGCUUUCCCGAGUCAUAGUGGGAGAACCACACACCAUGUCAUGGUGUGAAUUCGAGUUUACUUCGAUAUGACAGUUAUUAUAUCAAUAUUUGUGAAUACCACCAUUUCUCCCAUAAUACAUUUUACAGACAAAAACAUCCCACCUAGCGUAACAAAUUAGCUGUUUCCAUGACAUUUUCUAUCCGACAUUUACUUUACUCGCAUAAAAAUGUUGGAUGGAAACCUGGUUACUGUAAAGCCCUAGUUAUUUUUUUGCUUUGACAAAGUAAUUUCUGAUGAUGAUGAUUUAUUUCAUGUGAUUAGUGAUUAAUCUAAUCCAGGGAUGGGCAACUGGCGGUCCGCAGCCCCUCUGUUGUAGGCCUACAGGUCAAUUAACCCCCCCUGGGAUGUGGGUACACAGACCCGCGAGCCACUGCGGCCCCUCAUGAUGUAUUCAAAGUUGACCAUACCUGAUCUAAUCACAUUAAAUUUAUGUCAACCCUGUUACGUUUAAGGUCAACUCUGUAACGUGAACUGAACUCUCAUUUUAAAAGGGUGAAACUAUAACUAAUUUUUUCAGAAGGAACAUGGAAUAUCUAAUAGUCAAAUCAUAGUCUAAAAGCAGGUGAGCUGGUUCUACUCUUUUUGGCCAUUUCCUGUUGUUUUGUGGUGGGAAACGUAGUGGGUCGAGCAUAACAUGUCAACCCUGUUACCCAUAGAUAGACAGGCUUGAAAUGUUUUAACAGUAAAACAUUUUUGGGGGAAGCUUGCAUUUAAUUUCCCUCACCUGUUUAACACAACAAGCUUCCAUUCCCCCUGUCACAAGGGGAUUAAUGGCUGAUUUAAGAUGAAAUCGUCAACCAUGUUACCGCAAACCAUGUUACUAUAUUUGGCAUUUAAUAGGCAUUUACUAAUAGUAAUUUUUUUUUUGAUGGGAAAGUGUUUUUUAUUAAGUUAACCAUUUGUUCUUUGACAUAAUAUUAAAAUGAGGUUAAAUAAAACAUGUUAUAAUACCCAGAAAGGUACUCAAUUGGUGGAAUGACCCAGAUACUGUUACACAUAUUCCUUUUUGUUUCCUCCUAUUUUAAAUACGACCACCAGUGUUGAUUGGUUACAUUGUGUAAGUAGAGGCUUAGGUCAAGGCAGUGACAUAGUUUUGUUGUCUAGAAUCAAGUAGGUACAGAAAGUAGUGUCUUGUAAGCCCACCUAACCUCUAGUGAGUUUUAACCCAUGGCAGCUUAUGUGUGUCUUCCUUUAUGUUUGUAAUAGAGCUGCACUGUACUAUCUCCUUCCUACCAAUCCUUCCAAAGCCACACUGGUGUGAGCACAUUUACUGUAAUGUAUGUAUCAGCUGGGAGUAGUUAUGGCUUAAAGUAUACAGACUAUUUUGAUGCUGUGUGUGUGACAUUUGCCUUCAUAAGCACUACUAGACUUUUUUUUAAAACCUUUCAGUCAUGUUUUAUAACCCCCCCGUGACGCCAAGUGUGUCAUGGAGCUCGUACUCUUAAGUUUAUUAGCUUCCAACACAAAGUGAGACAGUCUAGCCUGUACAUGGCUGGUAGUCGCCAAAUGUCUUAAGUAGUGCUUAUAAUCUUAUUAUAAUGUUGUGUUUAUGAAGUAGCUACACUGCCCUAAUGUAAUAUCCUUCAUAUUACUCAAAUGUAACACCUGAUGCUGCAGCAGGCACAUUAAUGGAUUAAAAUUGUUAUAGAAUAGUACAAUAAGCUUAGCAGUAUUAAGAAGUGUGAAUCAUUUUUAAGACCACACCAGAAGAGUGAAUCUGCAAGAAAUAUUUAUUUCACUUGGCUGGUGUUGUGUCAAUAAUGAUGAUAUUAUUAUGAUCAUGAUGUGACAUUAUACAUGUUGUCCACCCUCUACCUUGAAACCAACGGUUGCAUUUUAGUUGUAAAAUAUCAUAACGAUAAUACGCAGGGAAUAUACUCAGUUUAUAAUACAUUCAUUUGUGUGCCAAAUGAUGCUUCUGCAGUUUUCUACUCUGUUAGGUAAAUGUGAACACAGUUUGUGUUUGUAUAUUAUCGUUGCUGAUGUAGAGUGUAAGAAGACAUGCUUAUGCAUCCCUGUGAGUCCGCUAUCUACUACGUUACUGAUAAGAAAGGGAAAAAACUGUCAAGAGCUUUGAUGUUUAAAUGUUUGGAUUUAAAAUGUUGAAACAAUAAAUUCAUAUAUGUUUUAAAAUA